AAAAGAUGUAAGUUAACAUCUAAAUUUUCAUAAAUAAACUCAUAAUGAACUGUGGACGAAAAACAGUAUCCUCAAUUAAAAAAACCCACAGGUCACCGUUUAUUAGGGAAAAAUUUUACAGUAGAUCCUGAUAAGACUACCGAUUUGGUGCUAAAGGUGGUUAGAUACUGUAGUAAUGAGAGAGACAUAAAAACAGCUAAUUCCAUUAGGCUCAGGCAAAAGCUUUACAGGUUACCCCCAAAGUCCAUGUUUUAUGAAACAUUCAAUUAGUACAAGAGAAUGUAAAUAUUAGAAGUUUUAAUUCACAUGGUUUUACAUCUUUUCUUGUAAUUAUCAUAGAAUUAUCAUAGCAACAAUUCCUUCCCUGAAGCUCCCAGUAUAUAUCUCAUCUGUUUUGUUGUUAUCUAUUGUGUUAAUAUAUAAUAAUAUAUAUAUAAAUAAAAUAAAUAAAAAAAUAAAUAUAUAAAUAUAUUUAUUUAUAUAUAUAUUAUAAAUAUAUAUAAAUAUAAUAAAUAUAUAAAAAUAAAAAUAAAUAAAAAUAAAUAAAAAAUAAAAUAAAUAUAUAUAUAUUUAUAAUAUAUAUAUGUAAUAUAUAUUAUAAAUAUAUAUAAUAUAUAAUAUAUAAUAUGUUUGAUAAUAAUCAUAAAUACGGAAGGUGUUAGGUUUACAUUCAUGUUCUAAAUAAAGCAUCCAUAUUCAGUAACUCAGAAGACUACUUUUCCUCUAUUACCUUCAUCAGAAUAACCUUAUUUACCUGAGGAAUAUAGAUAAUCUCUAUAAUAUAGAUAACCUCUGCUACAGUACAGAAAAUAUACAUUUCACUUCCUGGAACUAACAGGAAAGUGAACUGGCUUGAGGCUCCGCUGAUACAAAUCUAAGAUAAAAGAAAAAUUAAAAUAAAUAAAUAAAUAAAUCAAAUUCAGACAAAAUAUCAGUCCAAAUUUAAAUUGAUUAUUCUUUAAGGUUCUCUUUUCAAGCUUGAGGCUCUCAACUCAAGCAUGCACAUCUGUAUUUCAGAUACUUACCUAGACUUUUUUGGGGGGGGAGGGAAGGGAAGGCUACUGCCUAAAUCCUGAAUAAUUACUUCAAAAACCAUCAGGGACUGAAAUUUCAAAAGCUGCCGGGCAAACUAUAAAUAUGAAUUUCCCCUCAUGUUUUCAGAAGCAGAAGAGUAAAAGAAAAAAUAAAAUGUUUUAAUCUUGUCUGUGGUCUACUGAAAACGUGUACCUGGAACUGUAAACUCCACUUUAAGGUGUUUACAAUAUAACUUACAGAGAUAUUGUUAAAGAUCAGUAGACUUGAACUUGUGUCCUUGCAGUGGGUACAGCCAAACAGUGCUUUUACUUGAAAAGAUUUAGAUAUUACAAAGGUUGAAGCUCAAAGGAAGCUUCUGGUUAUUGCAGGACAUUAUACCUAGGAGCUAAGACAAUCUAAUUCAAAAUUAUACAGACGCUUCUGAAAUUGCAGGCUGCAUCAAAACUUGAAGAAGGAAAAAGUUACUUGAGGCUCACAGUUGAAUAAGAAACUCAUACUUUUUCUUUGACCAGCAGUUUUACUUUUUUUUUUUUUUUUUUUUUUUUUUUUUUUUUUUUUUUUAAACUGGAAAGGCAAAUAGUAAGAGGAAGUAACAUCUGAUUGCUAGUAACAUCUAAUUAAUGUCUUUAUUUCCAGGAAUCAACUCAGUUAUAUCACAGAAGAACUGAAGAAUCCUUACUGGUAAAAAAAAAAAAAAAAAAGUUUUAUUUCUAUCAAUAAAGAUAAAACUCAAUUUUUAUACAAGCAAGCACAUAUUUUGGCUUGACUUCAAAAGGAAUGCUUACUCAAACUUUGAGUACUAGCAGACAAAGAGUUAUUCUGGCUUUCAUAAACGUGGUUUCUUUUUUUAAUCCAGAUUUCUGUUGCUCUACAGUAAAGGAACGUAAACAUACCUGAAGAGUACCCGAGGAAAAAGAGUCCAGUUUACUGCAGUAACAUUGCCAAUGACACAGCAAUGCUAAUGAAGUCUUACUUUUGCAUUCUUUAGAAACCUACCACUAUCUAUAAUUAUUGGAAUCCCCCUGGUUACAGUUUGUUACAUUUUGAUAAACAUUUCAUAUUUCACCAUAAUGACUCCAACAGAACUCCUGCAGUCCCAGGCAGUUGCUGUGAGGUGCAGUACCUAAUCCAAAGUACAAUGCUGAUAAAGAUCACCACCUAUGUAAGCUAGCACAGAACUAGCUACGAAGUGAUGAGACGAAGAGAAUCCCAACUGCUACUGGGCAGUACGAAAGUAACGCAGCAAACAGCAGAAUGAGUGCUCUGUAUGAACGCAUCUCUAAAAGCAGCUUUGUUGCUCAAUGCUGGUGAGUACCCUGCUACUGGAUAAAGCAACUAAACUUUGAUAGUAAACUUGAGCAGGAGAGAAAGGCCCCACUUGGAGUUUGUGGCAAAGAGCCUCAGGAGAGACCCGAGGCCGACCCUUGGGAUUCUGGAGUCGAGCCUACAGGGGGUCGGAGGAGGGCUACACUCCAACUGAAAAGGAGAUCUUAGCUGCAUAUGAGGGGGUUCGGGCUGCUUCCGAAGUAGUCGGUACUGAAACACAGCUCCUUCUGGCACCUCGACUGCCAGUGUUGAACUGGAUGUUCAAGGGAAAGGUUCCUUCCACCCAUCAUGCUACUGAUGCCACUUGGAGUAAGUGGGUUGCGUUGAUUACACAACGAGCACGGAUGGGGAACCUCAGCCGUCCAGGAAUCCUAGAAGUCAUCAUGGACUGGCCUGAAGGUAAAAAGUUUGGAACACCACCAGCAGAAGAAGUAUCACGUGCUAAAGAAGCCCCACCAUACAAUGAACUACCAGAGAAUGAAAAGAAAUAUGCCCUGUUCACAGAUGGAUCGUGUCGUAUUGUGGGAAAGCAUCGCAGAUGGAAAGCUGCUGUGUGGAGCCCCACACGACAAGUUGCAGAGGCCACCGAAGGGAAAGGAAAAUCGAGCCAAUUUGCAGAGGUAAAGGCUGUCCAACUGGCCUUAGAUGUCGCUGAACGGGAGAGGUGGCCAAUGCUCUAUCUUUACACUGACUCAUGGAUGGUAGCAAAUGCCUUAUGGGGGUGGUUACAGCAGUGGGAGCAAAAUAAUUGGCAAAGAAAGGGCAAGCCUAUUUGGGCUGCUGACCUAUGGAAAGAUAUUGCUACCCGAACAAAAAAUAUGGUUAUAAAGGUGCGCCAUGUAGAUGCUCAUGUGCCCAAGAGUAGAGCUACAGAAGAUCAGCGAAAUAACCAUCAGGUAGACCAAGCUGCCAGAAUUGAGGUGGCUCAAAUAGACCUGGACUGGCAGAACAAGGGUGAGUUAUUUUUAGCUCGGUGGGCCCAUGAGACCUCAGGUCAUCAAGGGAGAGACGCAACAUACAAACGGGCCAGAGACCGAGGGGUGGACUUAACUAUGGAUGCCAUUGUACAAAUCAUUCAUCACUGUGAUACAUGUGCCACAAUUAAACAAGCUAAGAGGAUGAAACCUCUCUGGGAGGAAGGGCGAUGGCAAAAGUACAAAUAUGGGGAGGCAUGGCAGGUUGAUUAUAUCACCUUGCCACGAUCUCGCAAUGGUAAGCAUUAUGUGCUCACCAUGGUGGAGGCAACAACCGGGUGGCUUGAAACAUAUGCAGUACCCCAUGCUACCACCCGAAACACCAUAUUAGGUCUGGAGAGGCAAAUCCUGUGGUGACAUGGCACCCCGGAAAGCAUUGAGUCAGAUAAUGGGACUCAUUUUAAAAAUUCACUUGUGGAUACUUGGGCCAGAGAACAUGGCAUCGAGUGGAUUUAUCAUAUCCCCUAUCAUGCACCAGCCUCUGGUAAGAUUGAACGCUACAAUGGGUUGUUAAAAACGAUGUUGAAAGCAAUGGGUGGCGGAACAUUUAAACACUGGGAGAAGCAUUUGGCAGAAGCCACCUGGCUGGUUAACACCAGAGGAUCAAUCAGUCGAGAUGGUCCUACCCAAUCCAGCUCCCUACAUAUUGUAGAGGGAGAUAAGGUCCCUGUAGUACAUGUAAAGAACAUGUUAGGAAAAGCAGUUUGGGUUUUUCCUGCUUCUGGGAAGGGCAAACCUCUUGGCAGAACUGUCUUUGCCCAGGGACCUGGGUCCACCUGGUGGGUGAUGCAGAAAAACGAGGAUGUUCAGUGUGUACCACAAGGGAAUUUGAUGUUAGGGGAGUGCAGUCUGUAAUCCCAUGUGUUAAGCAUGAUGUAGUGAUGUAGAAUAAGGGGUGGAAUGUCAUGGUUUUAUGAUUUUUGGUCAUCAGUAUUCCACACCAUAACAUCAUGUAAUGCAUUGGGGGUGGGGUUUUGAUAUCUGCCGAAUGUUCGUCCGUCGGAGAACUACUUUUCCCCAGGAGACUUUGCAGUCAGCAAGGGGAUAUAACUCCAAGCAAGGUCACCUGAUCCUUCUUCUUCGCCUGCUCUUCGCUGUCUGUGCUUCGCUAUCUGCGCUUCGCCGCCUGUGCUUCGCCAUCUGCACUUCACCAUCUACUGCACUUCUCACCCCAGCAUUGUGGUGAGGUCUAUACAAUUCAAACAGACUCUCUCUCUCUCUCUCAUUGUAUUUUACUAAUACUAUAUUUAGUAAAAUCAUUUGUUUCACCUCAGAUCACUGCUGUUGUUUUCAAGUAUUUUGGGGUCCCCUGCUUCUCCUUUCCCAGAGGCGCAGAUCCGCAGAUCCCUCCGCCCUGCUGGUCACGGAACUGGGCCGGACCAGCCCAUAAACCGUUGACACACUUUGAAGAUGUAUACGUGUAUAAUGGUAUAUUCAUUGCUCUUUUGGUUUACAGCAUGAAGCCAAAACUAUUUUUGAAUCAGAAUGGCUCAUAUGGUAUUAAUAUAUGAAACAAUCUAAUUCUUUACUUUUGUUGAAAAGGUACAAUAAGAAAUGGAUUCACUAUCUAACACGAGUCCCAAAAAUAAGUAUUUGAAUUGCCAGUUUAACAACUUUGUUUUUCUAUUUCAUAUUUCAACUAACACUGGCUUAUUUAUUAUAGCAUUUUUCUUAAACAGUCUAAUAAUAAAUGUUCCUGCAUGGUAUGUCACCAAACAGAUGCUUGAAAGAACAGCAGUGAUUCAAAUAAAAACAAAAUACAAAUCUUAAAAGGUCACAGCUCUUCAUGAUAUUCCAGGUGUCAAAAAUCAGUGAAGCAGAAGUAUCAAAACUUAAACAUAUCAGCUGCUGGAAGAAGAAUCCAGAACCUGCACAAAUUUGAGUCAUCUAACUACUUCGAAGUAGGCAAUAAACAUAUGAGAAAAUAUUGGAUUUGAGUUAAAUUUAACCUAGGGUGUUCAGAAACCUUCUGACAAAAGCAAACAAACAAAAACCAAACAAAACCCACAAAAAACCCCACAGAAAAUAAAUAAAUCUCUUAAGCAGAGGUGACUUUCUGUGUCUGGGAAGAUGUCGUUCUUUACAAAUGCCAGGGCUACUGCUGUGUCCAUAGCAGGUAUUGACAAGCACUGUAGCCCUGCAUGGGGUUACAGCUUCUGUUUGGUUUAUCACUGUACCUUCACCAUUUCCAAUAAAACAUUGAUAUCUUCUGUGCCCUUGAAAUAAAAAGACAAAUCGGGGCAGACAGGUACCAUGCCCAACUCCGAGUACCUCUGGUUCAAGGUGUUACCCAACCCAAAGAGCUGCUGUCUCAGACAAGACCAGUGCUACUGUGGAUACCUCACUGCACUGGGUUCUUGGCUCUGCGCCUUGUAGGACCCUGACAAAAUGAACCACAAAAAACACCAAACAGAUGGACAGCUGCGCUACCAUUACUUGUUAUAUUUGCACUUAAAAAAUUGAAAAUCAUUGAUUUCUGAAUGGGAGGCAAAUCUAAAUGAUGCAGGUAGGCUACCUGAAGACAGUAAGCACAGUUUCCUCCUGUAGACUUAACAGAUACAGGAUAAGAAAACCAACAACCAGUGGUAGGAUGCAAGAGUAACUCCAUAUCCCUGCUGUACUGUCCAGGCUGGUGCUGCAAGUGCCUACAGCAGCCUCCAGGCAUCGCCUGUGCUCUGGGAUACGCAGGUUGGGGAACUCAAAGCCCCAAAAACCUAAUAUUUAAGCUUAAAUGCUCAGAGACAUAAUCACAGAUCUUUUCCACGUGUACUAUUUGAGCUAAUCCAUUAGCCUUACUCAAAUUAGCCUGUCUGUUUAUAAGAUAUUAAAUGCACUACAAAGUCUAACAUGUUUUCCAUGCUCUAUAAUCAGAGCACCUGUUUAAAAGCUCACUGCAGCUGUACUUCCUGAAGAUUACAGGCCAUUAGGCAAGUUGUGUAGUACCCUAUUUUUAUAACCUCAUCUCUCUUCCUCUUCCACAUUUGAUUUUAGAAGUAUAAAAAUGAGAUUCUUCUCCCUCCAUACACAUUCUCAAAUUCCUUUACUGACUGAGAUGAGGAGAAUAUUUAUAUAAUGUGCAGUUCCAGUUGCUAUGGUAAAAAACUAUCAUAAAAUAUUUCAUUAACUUCUUAUCCUAUUUAACACAGUUCUUCCCUCUUGAGAGGAUAUAGAAACUUGAGAUUCUUGCAGGGCAAGGUUUUGGUGAGAAAUGUUAAAUUAUUUUAUUUUUUCUUGAGUUGUUCUCCUUUUCAAAAACAAAGAACAGAAGACGACCUUGAAUUGGAUGACGCUUCUACGACAUAAGUUUAUGGAGUCAUUCAAGCAGGCUCCAUGAACGGAGGGUGAGGAGUACCUUGUUCUCUGCAUGGCCUCACUCUGCAUUCUGUGCAUAAAGGCCAAUCCCUCUCUUGUAUGUGACUGGACAGCAUCGGAAAAAACCUUCUCUGCUUUACAUCAGAGAUCAUCUACCUGAUUCAUCUGCAUCUAUGUAACUGUCUAGUGAAAAACAGCAAUUACUACAGGUUGCUGGCAUUGGCCACACUAUACUUUUUGCGCUGGUGAUGGAGCUUUUUCUUUCUGAUAGUUUAAGAGAGUCCAGUACUUAGACCUCAGAUCAGGUAUUAGAUAUUUUCCAUCGUAUAUCAUAUACAUUACAAACAGGGAAGAGGCAGCCAUUUAAAAACAAUGUCUAGUGUAAACUUUUCUAAGAAAUCAAGGAGAGUAUACUUGAUUUUUUUUUUUCCAGGAAGAUACAUAUGAACAAAAUCUGUAAUUAGCUCUAUUGCUUAUUUUCAAUAUUUGCAGCGCUCUUUCUCAGUGUUACACAAAUUUCUGCUGAGCGAGACAGUCUACAAAUAGUCCAAUUACAAUGCAUUAUCUAUUUAUUACGUCAGAAUAUAGAUUUAUUAUGUCCUGCUUAGCAACUGCUUCAAUGUUCUGUAAAUAGAAACAACAACAACAAAAACCAAACACUAUCACUCAAGGUUUUUCAGACAGCGGAAAGAUCAUUAAGUGAUAAUACAAGACAGAUAAAAUAUAAAUGCACAGCACAGUGACAAUAAUAAUUAAGAGAACUCUUCUUCUAUACGCAAGCGCAAAUACUAUCUCUGAUUUAUUGCUGUUGCAUGGAAGCCACAGGAAGGCCUUGGGGUGGUGAAGAAAAUUAGGUUUACAAGUCCUAUUCAAUGAUUUUGGUGCAUUUGUGCUUUCUUCCCCAGGUAAGGGGAUGGAAGGAAGGAGGAAAGGAGCAAGCAGAAUGUGCACGGCACAGGCUGACUUCACUUGUUAUAGGACUUCGUUUUUUCCUCUCUUCUAUUAGCAUCGCUAGCACAUAUUACUGACUGCAGCAUGCAAGGAUUGACCUUCAAUUCUCACUAAGGAAGAACAUGGUAUUAUUUCCUCACGCAUCAUUGUCAUACAGUGAAUUUCAUUGCAAUUUACCUAUUCAGACAAGAAAUCUCUGACAAAUGACCAAUUCAAAACUUUCUGAGAAUACAUCUAGCUGGUAUAUAUUACUUGGUAAGCCCUCAACUUGUGAUACAGUCCAAAUUAGCUAAUUUGGAAAAAGGCUGUCUUGGACACUGCAAUAAUUUCAAAGAUACAUAGAUGAGCUUCACUUCGACAUUGCAAAUAUGAUGAAUACUUCUUCAGGAAAAAAAAAAGACAGUAGGUGAAUAUUUGAGAUGCUGUAAGCACUGCUGGAUGUACUCAACUCAAUGUAAUCUAUUGCACAGUAGAUCCACAGAAUACCUCACAUUAUUUCUUGCAAGUGUGAUUUAGUUGUCCCUUCUUAAUCAGCUAGCUGGGACACGGUACUGAACUUUUCUCCUUCCUCAUUUUCCAGUCACUAAGUGAUUCCCAGUGAAGGAGGGGAAAUAAUAACAUCAGAGUAAGACAGUUAAAAAUGGGCUUACCCCUAGAAGAUUUUAUUGGGUUAUUAUUAGGGAAAAGGAAAUAACUUCUUGGAAGGUAAUAGUCGUACCAGGAGUGUUAGAAGAGACAGUUGCUCUGGUUCCCUUGUCAGAAUCAUUUUUACCCUUUUUCUCUCUCCCCGUUAAAACAAAGAUGUGGUAGGCUUGGUAGAUCAUGCACUAGUCCAACUUCUGUUAAAAUGUUCAACCAAAGCCCAGGACAGGAUGUUUAUUUGUUCUGUAAGCCUUGUUAUUUUAAUCAAUACCGUGGUUAAGAGAAAGUUGCUGUGCUGUUUCUAAUUUUGUACUUAACAUAUUAUACAGUAUUAAAGUAGCAAUUAGAGGAACUCAGUUUAUCACUAUCACUCUCUUCUCAUAGCAUUUGCAUUGCUCAUGGCAAGGCUAUCUUCGUACUUUUCUGUUCAGCCCUCUGAACUGAUGUCAGCUAUGACAUAUACAUAAUCUAUGUAAUAUUAUGUAAAAUGGCAGUAGACAGCAGUGCUAAUUUUUAGUCAGAUUCCUGGUCUUUACAGGGCUUACUGUACUGCCUGGAUCCUGUUCCUCAGCAUCAGUCAGAUAGUCUUAACUUGUAGACAUUUUAUUUAUGAUGUCCUCUCCAGAGGUUAGGUCAUUUCAGUGCUUAUCCAUGAGCCCUUUCUGACUGCGAAGUUCAACCUGAAUUACGUUAUGUGGCCAUCAUUAAAAUUCCCAUAUUGAGUUAAGUCACAAGAAAUGUGAGUGGGAAAGUGAAAACUUGACAACCUUAAUAGUCAUUUGAAGCUAUUGUGAUUUAUUAGCUUGUCCCCUGAAAUGAAAGUUGCAACUCAAAUGUACUAUUCAAUAACAGACCAACUGACGUAAUACAUCCAAAAUUUACUCAAGUGGCAGUCAGGCCAGGACCUUUCUAAGACCCCAUAUACGUGCUGUCUCCUGAAUAUUGGUGGAGAAGAGCUUUAGACCCAUGCUUUUUCAUGUCUCAGUCAAGGCAAUGCCUGCCACAAUCAGAAACCUUUGAGCUAGUGCAUGAAUUUCUAGUACAAGAUCCCAUCAUCACAAUUUAGUGAGGCACAGUAAAUAUCAAGUAAAUAUCAAGUUCUGAUAUGAAGGAAAAAGAAUUGUUUUUUUUUUUUGCCACCUACAAUAAAAAUUUGAACUCCUUACACAUUUACAAAAACCAAACAACUUAAUCUAUCCCACUACAGAGUGUACAAUCAAUGAAUAUACAGAUGAUAUAGCAUAUCCAGGAGUUUGGCCGGUGCAAUUGUUAUACUAGAAUGUAAAAGAAGGACACUCACCCUAUCCUAGACUCACACAGUAAACUCCAAUGAAGUAGGUCUCCAGGAGAAAACCUUCCCUAUGGGCAGUCAGCUCUUAAAUAGGUCUAGGAGAGGUAGAGCCAGGCUCCGCCCCUUCCACCAGCACAGGUAAAUUGCCUUCACCUGUGCUCCCAUGGCUGACUCAUUGUCAUCUCAGGUGAUCAAUCAGAGGUUCUGACUAUGAUUCAGCAGCCCCAUACAUAGAGUCAUUGGUAAAUCUUCUUAAUAUUUUGGUGUUACUUUUUUAUUUGAUUUUUUUUUUUUUUUCUGUACUGAAAAAGUCAAUGGAUUAUUACAAAUUUUGUUCAUAAUAUGCAAUUUGGGAUUUGCUUUGUGAACAUAUCUUUUUCCAUUUGAUUGAAUGAGUCAACAGUUAGAAGUUUUCAGGAAAUACUUGUGAACACUUCAUUUGUGUUGCAUAUUUAUUGGGAUAUUUGCCGUUAUAAAUUUGCAUAUGUAUUCACUAAGUUUUUUUACCUACAGGAUGUUAAAAAAUAACUAUAGUAUGCCUAACUGCUCACUUAAAGAUAAAAGUCAUUAUGUGGGAUAAGAACUCACUUAUUUACCAGGUAUUUACACAUAUCAUUUGGUCAGAAUAGACUGAAUAAGAAUUUUACUAGGGAUACCAAUUCUGCACAAGCAUUUGUCAUGUUUAAUUCCCAGUUGAUGAGCUGUUUUCAUUACUUCCUUUGCAAAAUUGCUCUGCAUUCUGGUAAACUAAUUUUCAGAGUGGUUUCCUAAAAUGCAGUCUUCCCUAUUCUGAUAUUAUCUCAUUAUUUAUCAUAUAACUAAAAUAAUUAAAAUUCUUCGUAUUAACAUUUUUGACUAUUUUGUGGGCUUCUUCAUGGUUUCAAUUAGUAGUGGUUUUAUCUAAUGUUUUAGGUUUUCUGGUAAAUCACAUGCUGUAUUUUUCUAUUUUUUUUUUCCUGUGGGUGAGAUAUUUCUUUUUAAAUUUUCAUGUUGAAAUUUUCUUUCUGGAAAUGUACCGUUAUAAAAAGAGCGCAGGACUUUACCAUGGCUUCUUCAUAUUCUUCCUUUGUUUAUUCUGUAUCUCAGAGGUGUUUGUAACACCUUUUAGUUUUCUGCCUGCAUCAUUUAUUCGUGUCUGCAUAUAUUAUUCCUUUCUUGUUUCAGUGUUAUGUUCUGGAUUUUCAUCUAUUUUAGUAUUUUUUCUUCACGUUAUUUGUUUAUAUUUUGUUCUUUACCACUUUUCCUUUGACUUUUAUUUUUUUAAGUAUCCAGUACCUUUUGUAUCAUCUCGUUACUAUUGUAUUUAGUAUGCAGAAUUGUGAAUUUAGUGCCACCUGUAUUUUCACUAGCACCGAGAUUUUUAUGCUUGUAAUGUAGUGCUGCUAUGAAAGAUUUGUACUUUGUUUAACUAGUGGAUUUAAGUUUUUGCCAGAAGAUAUAUUUCAUUGGAGUCACCACAGGUGAACGCUGGCAGCUAUAAUAUAGUGUCUUGCUGUGACUGGAAAAGUACUGAUCUGAGAAGUAGGUGUCAGAGGAGGAAGAUCCAAGCCCUACACUGCCUUCCAGAUUGAAGCAGUAGGACUCAGCUGCACCUUCAUUGAAGCUCUCCUAUGUCACCAAGAACCAACUGCAUUUUCCAUUGCUUCCAUGGACUUUCACAGAAAUUACCUAGAAAUUGGCAGCAUUUGCAGACUUUAUUGACAGCUUGUAGUUCAACUAGCCUCUGCUCUUGCAGAGGAUACUGCAGGAUCAGCACGAAGCAAAUUACCUCUAAGCAGCCAUCUCCAUUGAAGAGAGAUCUCUGCUGAUGGACAAGAGCUCAGGAAUAGCUCAAGCAAUUAAAAAAAAAAAAAAAAAAAAG